AUGUCGUCAUUACGUAUUCUCCUCAUUGGCAGCGGCGGCCGCGAGCACGCCCUGGCCUGGAAGCUCAGCCAGUCGCCCAGCGUUGAGUCAAUCAUUGCGGUCCCCGGCAACGGUGGUACUGCCGGCCUCCCCAAGGUCACCAACAACAACACCGUCUCCGAGAACGACUUUGCUGCCCUCGUCAGCUUCGCCAAGCAGGAGCGCAUCAACCUCGUCGUCCCUGGCCCCGAGCAGCCGCUUGUCGAUGGCGUCGAGAACGUCUUCCGCGAGGUCGGUAUCCCCGUCUUCGGCCCUUCCAAGGAUGCCGCGCGCAUGGAGGGCAGCAAGACCUUCUCCAAGGAUUUCAUGAAGAAGCACAACAUUCCCACCGCCGCCUACGAGAACUUCUCCGACUACGAAAAGGCCAGCGAGUACAUCAAGAAGGUGGGCCACAAUGUCGUCAUCAAGGCCACUGGUUUGGCUGCUGGCAAGGGUGUCAUCAUCCCUGAGUCGCAGGAGGAAGCCCAGCAGGCUCUCAAGGACAUCAUGCUGGAUAAGCAGUUCGGCAAUGCCGGCGACGAGGUCGUUAUCGAGGAGUUCCUGACGGGUGAUGAGCUCAGCAUCCUCUCCUUCUGCGACGGUACUACCAUCAAGUCUCUGCCUGCCGCCCAGGAUCACAAGCGCAUUGGCGAGGGUGAUACUGGCUUGAACACGGGCGGUAUGGGAUGCUAUGCGCCCACCAAGAUUGCCACCCCUGCUCUGCUUGCUCAGGUCGAGCGCGAGAUCCUCCAGCCGACCGUCCUCGAGUACAACGUCCGCUUCGGCGACCCCGAGACCCAGACCGUCCUUCCUCUGCUCAAGUCCGACCUCGCCGAGAUCAUGGUCGCCUGCUCAGGUCCUAUUCCCCUCCUGAAGUACGUGCCUGUGGAGAUCGAACAAAAGUUCAGCGCCACCGUCGUCGUUGCUGCUCCCGGAUACCCCAACUCUUAUCCCAAGAACAUUCCCAUGCAGGUUUCUACACCUCCUGCUGGUACCAACAUUUUCCACGCGGGAACCAAGCUUUCUGGCGAUGCCCUCGUCUCUGCCGGUGGCCGUGUUAUUGCUGCUGAGGCCGUUGGCGAGACUCUGCGCGCCGCUGUCGACAAGGCUUACGAGGGCGUUAAGCUCAUCAACUUCGACGGAAUGUACUAUCGCAAGGAUAUUGCUCACCGUGCUUUCCGUGAUGAAAAGUCCUCGGCUGACAAGCUUACCUAUGCCCAAUCUGGUGUCAGCAUUGACGCUGGUAACGAGCUUGUUGACCGCAUCAAGGCUGCUGUCGCUACUACUCGCCGCCCCGGCGCUGAUGCCAUCAUCGGUGGAUUUGGUGGUGAGGUUGACCUUUCUCAAGCCGGACACCCUUCGGCUCCCAUCAUUGUUGGCGCCAUCGAUGGUGUUGGCACCAAGCUCAUUAUCGCCCAGAAGAUGAACAAGCACGACACUGUCGGUAUCGAUCUGGUUGCCAUGAACGUCAACGACUUGGUUGUUCAGGGCGCUGAGCCUUUCAUGUUCCUCGACUACUACGGCUGCAGCAGGCUCGACGUCUCGGUUGCCGCCGCUUUCGUCGAAGGUGUCGCUCAGGGAUGCAAGGAUGCCGGCUGCGCCCUGGUUGGUGGAGAGACCGCUGAGAUGCCCGACCUUUACACUGGCGAUGACUACGAUGCUGCUGGUGCUGCCAUUGGUGUCAUGAAGGCCGCCCAGCGUCUUCCCAGGAAGGAUGCCAUGGCUGAAGGCGACGUGCUCGUUGCCCUUGCUUCUUCCGGUGUCCACUCCAACGGCUUCUCUCUUGUCCGCAAGGUUGUCGACAAGUGCGGCCUGUCCUACACUGACAAGGCCCCCUGGGACAGCUCUGCCUCCGUUGGUGAGAGCCUUCUCACCCCUACCCGCAUCUACGUCAAGCCUCUACUUAAGGUCCUCGCUCAAACUGGUGAGGCGGUCAAGGGUAUGGCGCACAUCACCGGUGGUGGUCUGACUGAGAACGUCCCUCGCAUGCUCCCCAAGCACCUCGCCGCCGAGAUCGAUGUUGCUACCUGGGAGCACCCUCCUGUGUUCAAGUGGCUCAGAGAGUCCGUUAUCCCUACCGAGAUGGCGAGAACGUUCAACAACGGUAUCGGCAUGGUUCUGGCUGUCGCUCCCGAGACUGCGGAUGCCGUGGUUAAGGGAUUGGAGGCUGAGGGUGAGAAGGUUUACACUAUUGGCAAGCUCGUCAACAGGGAAGGUGGCGAGAAGGGCGAGUGGUGUGUUCUGAAGAACUUGGAGAGCUGGGCUGCUUAA